GGGGGGGGGGGGUUGCCGCGAAGCUGAUUCGCUGCCGUCGCUGGUGCAGGGCGGGUACACGUGCGCCCGCCGCGCGUUCCAGUCCGUCGGUGGGCGCGCGCAGAGUCGCUCACGCGAGCCCGGCAAACGACGAUGCGAGCGCCCGGUGCCUUUUGGGCCGCGCUUUGCGUGCUCCUGUGCGGCGGGGCCGCGGCCAAGAGGCUCGGCCGCUGCCCGUCGACGUGCAGCUGCUCCAAGGAUUCCAUCGUUUGCGUGGGCUCCUCGUCUGUCCCCAAGAUCGGACCCGGCGACGUCAUUUCUCUGAGCAUCGUCAACGGCACUUUCCCCGAGGUCAAAGAGGCCAUGUUUGCGCACAUGCCCUCACUCCAGCUGCUGCUUCUGAACUCCAAUUCCCUGCGCACCAUAAGAGACGACGCGUUCUCCGGCCUCCCGCAUCUGGAAUACCUGUUUAUUGAGAACAACAAGAUCGAGAGCGUGUCCAAAUCCGCCUUCAGAGGACUCCGAGACCUCAGCCACUUGUCGCUGGCGAACAACCGGAUCGAGGCCCUGCCUCGGGACCUCUUCGACGAGUUGGACUCCCUGAUCGAGCUGGACCUGCGAGGCAACGCCUUCCAGUGCGACUGCCGAGCCAAGUGGCUGAUGACGUGGCUGAGGGGCACCAACGCCACCGUGUCCGACGUGCCUUGCGCCGGACCCGAGGACGUCCGGGACCGGCGCCUCGACGACGUGAGCCUGCAAAACGACUGCGUCUCGACCGAUUUCGUCCUUCAUCAGACCGUGACCACCGAGUCCCUGUCGGUCGACACGUUCGGCUACAAGGACGACGUGUUUGUGGCCGUCGCCGCUCCCGGCGCCGAGACCUGUAUGGUCCUCCAGUGGGACCACAUUGAAAUGAACUUCAGGACUUACGAUAACAUCACAGGUCAGUCCAUCGUGGGAUGCAAAUCGGCGGUGAUCGAGGACCAGGUCUUCAUCAUCGUGGCUCAGCUCUUCGGCGGCUCGCACAUCUACAAGUUUGACGAGGACCAAAGCGUGUUCGCCCAAUUCCAGGACAUCGAAGUGUCCAAGAUCUCCAAGCCCAACGACAUCGAGGUGUUCCAGAUCGGCUCCGAGCGCUUCUUCGUCAUCGCCGACAGCUCCAAAGCGGGCCUGUCCACCCUGUACAAGUGGAACGACGGCGGCUUUUAUUCCCACCAGUCCCUUCACGAGUGGUACCGCGACACGGACGCCGAGUUCUUGGACUUGGAUGGGAAAGCGCACCUGGUCUUGGCGAGCCGCUCGCAGGUCCCCGUCAUCUACCAGUGGAGCCGGAGCAGCCGGAAGUUUGUGCUCCAGGGCGAGAUCCCCGACACGGAGGACGCCGUUGCCGUCAAGCACUUCCGCAUCAAGGCGGAGCUCUACCUGGCCGUGACCCGCUACAUCGGAGACUCCAAAGUUCUGCGCUGGGGUGGCAAACGGUUCUCGGAGAUCCAGGCUCUCCCCUCGCGGGGUGCCAUGAUCCUCCAGCCGUUCUCCUUCAAAGAGCGCCACUAUCUGGCCCUGGGAAGCGACUACACCUUCUCGCAGAUCCUCCUGUGGGACGAGCAGCAGGGCACCUCGGAGCGCUUCAAGGAGAUCUACAUCCAGGCGCCGCGGUCCUUCACCGCCGUGUCCACGGGCCGCCGGGACUUUGUCUUCACGUCCAGCUUCAAGGGCAACACGCACGUCUGGGAGCACGUCCUGGUUGACCUGAGCCGCUGACGGGCGACAGGCCGGCGCUGCCCAACUCGCAAAGUUUCCAGAAAACUUUCACCUCCGUUGAGAAGAGGAGUUUUGGGGCUGGGGCAAAUGUAUCAAAUUCAAACGAUAUGAAAAUAUGAACUUUCUCCUAAGUUGCAGACAUUCAUGCGAGCUAACGACAUGACCAUUUAACUUUUAAGUAUUUGAUUAAAUAGUUCAUCUUAUUGAAGAGCAAAAAUAGGAAUUUUGAGUUGAGAAUUAUGUACCCCCCCCCCAAAAAAAAAAAACCCACAACAAAAAAAGUCCCUCUGCCUUCAAGAAAAAGCCGAAAUGUACACUAGUAGCAAGAGAACUGCACAUUGUAUGUCAAAGAUAGUUGAAUUCAAAUGUUUCCAGACAACUGGACUGAAUUUAAAAAAAACGUCUGAACGUUGGAUUGAUGGAAAACGGACGGCCGGUCUGGAUCGGAGAAACCACAUCGGCGACACCCGCGUUAGCCGUUUGUCAGAGGACUACGACUCGUACUCGUGUUCUUGUUUUUGGUGCCGGUGCUCCAACCGAGUCGCCCCCCCCCCCCCCCCCAACUGUGUGCACGAGAUCCAAACCUUUGUAAAUACUGUACCGUAACCUGCUCUGUCGUCACGGACGCGCGCCCAUGACUAAACCGCGGCGUCGCCCGCUCCGCGUUCUGCCGUCGCCAACGAGCGUCUUGAGGCCCAAGUCCGGGACUCGCCAUCGGAUUCAAGAUGUGGACAUUGCGCGUCAUCGUGGAAAGACAACACAAACUGGAUUUGCCAACGUUGCUUGAGUUGACCAUGACAUCUCGUCAAUAAAAGGCCGACGUCGC